AUGUCUUCUCCACCACACCUCACUGGUUUCACCACCCAAGAAGCCAUCAAAGAUGCCCUGCACCGAGCAACAAUCGGCAUGGACAACAACGUCGUCGAGCUCACCAAGUCUGCAUUCAUUCACCCAGUCGACGAGCCCGUCUUCUUCAUGGGCGAGCAAAGCUUCAACGUUGAUCAGAUCCUAGCCGCGGUAGGAUCAAUGACAACGGCGCAUUACAAUACCGGCAUUCGUAUCGAUGUCAAGGACGGCGCAACUACUGCUGUGCUCACUGCCAAUGCGAUGAACCAGCACUUUCGAGCUGGCGAGGGCAAUGCCCCAGGAAUGCCCGACUAUAACCCGACUAGCAACCCGAACAAGAAUCUGAUGGCUGGAGGUCAGUAUGUUGUUGAUAUGGAGAAGGAUGUCAAAGAUGGGGAUUAA